UUUUGAAGGGUGGAAAUGACUCUUCAGUCAUUUUAAAUAUUGUUUUUACUUAUUUUUAACCCUUUAAGUGCCUUAAGUGUGAUGUGGAUCGUAGCGUAGACAUUCCUUAAUCAACUUGCAGUAUUUUUGUACUUAAAUUGUGUGUUCCAUUCCAUUAUCAAUCAUAAAAAUGCCUAUACUAGCAGCUUCCGAUGACAGCGCUGAGAUACGAGUGAAGACUGUGUAUCAAGGCGAUGUUAUGAUCACUUACAUCAUGCCCAACAUCACAUUAGACGAGCUGUGCUCGGAGAUGAAGGAUAUUUGUAGAUUUGCUAAUGACCAGGUGUUCACAAUGAAAUGGGUAGACGAUGAAGGUGAUCCUUGCAUAAUUUCAACACAAUUAGAACUUGAUGAGGCUUUGAGGUUGUACGAGUUGAAUCGGGAUCCUGAGUUGAUCAUCCAUGUAUUUCCUAAUGUGCCUGCAGUACCGGGUUUGCCUUGCGUUGGAGAAGAUCGAAGCAUCUAUAGGAGAGGUGCCAGACGGUGGAGAAAAUUAUAUAGAAUCAAUGGACAUAUCUUCCAGGCAAAACGGUUUAAUAGACGCGCUUUCUGCGCCUUCUGCCAGGACCGAAUCUGGGGCUUGGGCAGACAGGGAUUCAAGUGCAUCCAGUGCAAGUUGCUGGUCCACAAAAAGUGUCACAAACUUGUCCAGAAACCCUGCACCAACGAGCACGUGGAACCGAUUGUCAAAGAUGACCCUCCGUCUGGCACGAUAGCCUCCAGCCAACUAAACCUAGCAGGCGGUGAUGAUCAGAAGCACCAGAGUUUGGGACAAACUCUAUCCAACAAUUCGGGGCUUAACAAUAAGCAGGGACAGAUGACUGUUGAGAGUUUGGCUGGUGAGGAUGGAGAUGCCAAUGAUGAUAAACGUGGAGAGGAGAUUGCUGCUGAAACAGGUGGUCAGAGACAGUACUCGUUGAGUGACUUUGAGUUGAUCAGAGUUAUAGGACGUGGCAGCUAUGCCAAAGUGCUCAUGGUCGAAUUAAGGAAGACUAGGAGAAUUUAUGCUAUGAAGGUUAUUAAAAAGGCUUUGGUCACGGAUGAUGAAGAUAUCGAUUGGGUGCAAACUGAGAAACAUGUUUUUGAAACUGCAUCGAAUCAUCCAUUUUUGGUCGGUUUGCAUUCGUGCUUCCAAACACCCAGCAGGUUGUUCUUUGUGAUUGAGUUUGUUCGCGGUGGUGAUCUGAUGUUCCAUAUGCAGAGACAACGAAGAUUACCCGAAGAACAUGCCAGGUUCUACGCUGCUGAAAUCAGUCUUGCAUUGAAUUUCUUGCACGACAAGGGUAUCAUUUAUCGUGAUCUGAAACUGGACAAUGUUCUGUUGGAUCACGAGGGACAUAUUAAAUUGACCGAUUACGGUAUGUGCAAAGAGGGUAUUCGGCCUGGUGAUUCUACAUCAACUUUCUGUGGAACUCCAAAUUAUAUAGCUCCUGAAAUUCUUAGAGGUGAAGACUACGGUUUCAGUGUAGACUGGUGGGCAUUGGGGGUCCUGCUGUACGAAAUGUUGGCAGGCAGAUCUCCCUUUGAUAUUGCAGGAGCAUCCGAAAAUCCUGAUCAGAACACGGAAGACUACCUGUUCCAAGUUAUCUUAGAUAAAACUAUCCGUAUACCCAGAUCUCUGAGCGUCAAAGCUGCAUCUGUACUUAAAGGUUUUCUUGUGAAGGAUCCUGCAGGCAGGUUAGGUUGUCACAAGGAAGGAGGUUUCAUGGACAUCGUCAAUCAUCAGUUCUUCAAAGCCAUCGACUGGGAAAUGCUCGAGCAGAAGCAGGUUGCGCCUCCUUUCAAGCCCCGCCUGGAGUCCGACAGGGAUUUGGCCAAUUUUCCGCCGGAGUUCACAGACGAACCGGUUCAUUUGACGCCGGACGACGAGCAUGUCAUCGACAAGAUAGACCAGACCGAGUUCGAAGGCUUCGAGUACGUGAAUCCUCUCCUGAUGUCGCUCGAAGACUGCGUCUGACGAAACGCUCCCCGACGCCGAACACUU